AUGACUGCUAAUAAUUUGCAAAUAUCGAUCUACGGGUUUGUGACACCUAAGCGGGUGUAUGAAGCAGCAGGAUUAUCUUAUGAAGCACGUAUUAUUCGGGACAAAUUGACAUUGGGGCGGUGUACUCUACCGAUUUAUAAAAAUUCACCAGUAGCUAAGGAUGAUGAUUCAGAAGGAAAAGUUGAUACUGAUGAAACCGUUACUGAAAUUCGAAAGCAUUUGCUAGAUGCAGACAAUGAAAAAUAUGAAAAAUACUUAAUGAAAUUGGACCCCAAUGAUACUAAAAAUCAAGAUCAUUACAAAGUGCUUGGACUGUCGAAAUUGAGAUGGCAAGCAACUUUAGAUGAGAUUAGAUAUUGCUACCGACAAAAAGUCCUAAAGCACCACCCAGAUAAGAAGAAGCAUAAGGGAAUAAAAGUUGAUAAGGAGGAAUAUUUCACUUGUAUCACAAAGGCUUAUGAACAGCUCUCGACGGAUCAAAAGCGACAAGCUUACGAUUCAGUUGAUCACAAGUUUAAUGAUACAAUUCCAUCUGACAAAUCAAUCAAUCACGAAAAUUUCUUCUCUGAGCUCGCCCCUAUUUUCGAGCUCAAUUCAAGAUGGUCGAAUAUCAAGCCAGUUCCAAAGCUUGGAACAGCUGACGCCACUCGGGCAGAGGUUGAAUCCUUCUAUGACUUCUGGUUCAAUUUCUCAUCAUGGAGAGAAUUUUCUUAUUUGGAUGAGGAAGACAAGGAGAGAGGAGAGGACCGCUAUGAGCGGAGAGAAAUGGAAAAACAAAACAAGGCUGAAAGAGAAAGGCGGCGUAAGGAAGAAGCCAAGAGAAUCCGGAAGCUGGUUGAUCUUGCCUAUGCCAAAGAUCCAAGAAUCGUGAAAUUCAGGAAGGAAGAGCAAGCGAAAAAAGAAAAGGCCAAAGAAGACCGCCAACGAGCAAUUCGUGAGAAACAAGAGGCUAUUGAGCGCGAGAAGCGGGAGAAGGAGGAAGCCGCUAAAAAGCUCAAAGAAGAGGAAGAGAAACGAUUGAAACUCGAGAGAGAAAAAGAGAAGAAGGAACGCGAAAUUGCCAAAAAGGCUGCUGCAGCUCAACGUAGACGACUGAAGCGUCUUGCCGAGGAAGCUGGAUAUUGGACUGAAAACCCACGCGACAAAUUGACAGAAAUGGAAAGGAUCGAACGAGUUUGCAUUGGCUUUUCUACAGAACAGCUCAAAAAUCUUGUGGAUCGUCUCGAGACCCUUUCAGUGGCUGACGAGAUCCGUGAAACUAUUGCUGAAGCUGAAAUCGCGAGAAAAGAGGGUUCAAGUAUAAAGCCCGUUCAAGCCGAUGAGAAGAACAAAGAGAAUGAGAAACAAGAAAAGGAGUCUUGGACUAGCGAUGAGAUCCAACUUCUAGUCAAGGCAUCAAACACAUUUCCACCGGGCACUGUUGAGCGAUGGGUCCAGAUCGCUGAAUAUAUUAAUGAGCACAGAAAAGACAAGAAUAUGCCGUUGAAAACAGAAAAGCAGGUCAUAAAACAGUGCAAAGCGGUUCAAACAAUGAACGUGAAAUUGCCAUCGACGGCCCAAAACCAAUUGGGAACAGCAUUGCCUGACGAAGAUGUUUGGUCAGCAGCAGAGCAAAAAUGUCUGGAAGAGGCUCUCAAAAAGUAUCCGGCAAGUGAUCCGGAAAGAUGGGAGAAGAUCUCAACCGAAAUCGGAACGAAAACGAAGAAAGCGUGCAUUCGCCGAUUCAAAUAUCUUGUGCAAAUGAUUAAAAAUAAGAAGUAG